CCACGGUGGCGUUGAGCAUCGGACACGACGGCUCCCACGUGAGGUCCUUAUUACUAUAUAAAUAGCGCGGGGAGCCGUCUUAAAGUUUCCUUCGAGCCCAAGCAACGUACGUUCGAAAAGCGGAAAAGUCGAAACCGCGAGGUGGAUUGAGCCCUAAACGGAGAAGAAAAAGGAACCGCAGGAGAUGACAGAGACGGAUAGGUGAGAGAGGAAGCUUUGCUCCGAUUAGAUGUAUAUUCUCCAGUUUGAUCCAUUGUUUCGUUUUAUUUCCUUCCCUAGGAACUAGGUUUUUUAGGCGAUGAUUUUUUUUUUUUUUUUGCUUUCCGUAGUUUUGCUCUUCGCGUCAUUUUAUUCCCUCUGUUUGAUUAUUGCUUGUUUUAUGCAGUAGUUAGGGUGCCUUCAAUGAGAUUUGGAUUUUUUUUUUUUGUCCUUUUACAGUGAAAGGUAGUGGAUAGAUACGAUCUCGUAUGUUUUCUUUGUGGUAUUGGUGUUGCUAAUACUUAUCGAAUUAGUUCGAUCAUUUUGAUGCGGCCGUAAGUGAUGCUUCUUACUACUUGUUAUAUGUGUUUAUAUAUCAGAGCCUCCCGAGCUCAUUGGUAAUGAUUUUAUUAUGGGUUGGAUAAAUUUUUUUUUUCUGCGUGUAAACUAUAUUUACCAACUGAGAGCAUAAAUUUUGGUGCAACGAAGAAUUAAGAUUGGUUGAAUUUUUUGUUCUAAAAUGUUUUCUCCAAUUAGUAGUGUGUUUGUUAAAGCGACCAGUAAUAGUCGAUGUUGAUUUUUUCGGUCUUUCAUUCGUGUAACUAGCUUAAGCAAUUCUUAACAUUUCACUAUAAGUUAGUAAUUACCUUUGAACAUGUAAAUACAAUCUAAGUUAGCAAUUACCUUUGAACAUGUCUAAACCCUAUCCUAUUUCUGAUCCCUAUAAGUGAAACUUGUUAUUUGUGUUACUUUCUAACAACCAAACUUACUCAUCUCUAAGCAUGGUGGAUCAUGCCAGUCUCAUAAAAUUUUCAUUCAUUUUGUUGUAUCAUACUAGCAAUAUCCUCCUCUGUUUACCAUCAAAAUUGAGAACAUCAAUUACUAGCAAUUCCAUUCCCAUUAUUCACUAAACUAAUCCUACCAUGUCAACCGAUCAAAUUGUGGACAACUCCUAGUCUUCCAUUGUGUGCUGAACCUUGAAGCUGUUUUUUUUGGAUCUCGACACAUUUGAUGUGACUGUUGGUAUCUAAUGGAUUUUCUGAACCCAAAUGGCCUCUGUUAUGGUGGUUAGUGAGAUCUGAUCUGUGCGCGUUUGAAUUGGUUUCCUGGGCUGGUAGCAAUGGUCAUGUAUCAUUCUCAUGUUCACUUUUGCUGUUCUCAUUAGUUGGUCCUAUUGAUUUAGCAAUGUUCGGAAAAUAUAUAUCUAUAUAAAUCAUUGAGAUCAUUGUUUUAUUUGACUGAGUUUUAGUUCUUGUGAUUUUCUAAUGAACACAUUCUACUUAUUUUGUGUGCUUCUCUUGUGAUUUCUGCCGAAUCAGAAUUCUGGAGCGGCAGGUGCUUGGUAACUGUGUUUCUACGCGGUAUGUAGUAAAAGGAGAGCACGCAGAGGGAGUAAUGGCUCUGCUUCUAUAUCUGAAACCCUUGCCUGGUGGCGCCAGCGCAAUCACCAGCUCUGUGGGUUCCCAAACGGUGAAAAGCAAGUUCAAAAGCCACCUGCAAAAGGCUCAAAGAAAGGGUGCAUGCGAGGUAAAGGAGGCCCAGAUAAUGCCAAUUGCAGAUAUCGUGGUGUAAGACAACGAACAUGGGGCAAAUGGGUCGCAGAGAUCCGAGAACCAAAUCGAGGAGGCCGACUGUGGUUAGGUACCUUUCCUGAUGAUAUCCAAGCUGCUCGUGCUUAUGAUGCUGCCGCAAGGGCUAUGUAUGGAGCUCGUGCCCGUGUCAAUUUGCCUUGUGACACUUCAUGUGAAUCAACCACAAUCUCGUAUCACUCAGAUUCUGUGGAUGCCUCUGUCUCCUGCCAAGAUUCUCAACAACUGGAUGUAGAUGUGUCUGUGCCUCUCCAGGCUGGCAUAGAGAUUCCAAGAACUGUAAAUGACACUGCAGCUGCCAUGGACCAUGUUCUUGAGCACGCAGAAAUUGGAACCAAGCUUCUCAAGGUGGAAAGGGCAGACGAGGUGGGAUAUUAUGAGGCUGUGAACGGUACAUCACGUCUCCAGCAGGCUGAAACCAAAUUUCCACAGGUAGAUCAGAAAAAUGAAUUGGGGUGUCAUGUUGAACCAGUCUCAUCGUCUGCAGCCGUCACUUCGAAGAUGGUGGUCCAAGAUUCAAACAUGGAGGAAGAUUUCUCUGUGGAAGAGAUGUUGAACAUGAUGGCUAAUGAGAUGGCAAACGUUGACAAUGUCACUAGUUCAAAUUGGCAAGGCGUCUUGCCUGAAGAUACUGCAUUCGAUUCUCAAAAUCCAGAUGCUACGGCCAUGAUAUGGGGUUUGCACCCGAACCUGCAGGAAGUUGGCCUCAGCAAUAAUCUUAUGGCUCCCACGGUAGAUGAUUGGGAGACUUCAUUAGAGGACACUCUGAAGAACGAUGCAGGGCUUGAAAUGUUCGAUCCAGACUUGCCUUCAAACCAUCAUUAUUAGAGGUGAUCAAAUUCUGGUAAAGAUGACGGUUCUUUGUUCAACAAAAUUAAACGAGCGAAUUCUUGUUAAAAAAAAGUAUGUUAAAUAGCGUGUAUUUGUUCUAUUGAUUAUUUAUAGGCGUUGUGCAUACCAGGAUUUCCUUUCUUUUAUAAGGUAUAUUUGUGACAUUUUACCCAUUAGAUUUUGAAACUAAUGGUUUACCCCGAUAUAUAUUAUAAGUUUGUA